UUCUUACAAGUAUAACUCUCUCUCUCUCUCUCCUUCUUCUUCCGUUCGUGGAAGGCAUUUUAACUCGUUUUCAACGACUUUCUCUCUCUACAUCCGAACCAUCGUCGAAGUCCUCCUUUUCCUUUUGUUUUUAAGUCUCCACCUUCUUUCUUUGCUCUCUCUAUCUGUUACUUCUCAAUCCCAUCACAACGUUGUUUUUCUCAGUUCAAAUUCAGACCUUAGAAAACCCAGUUAUACCUUCUCUGUGUCUGAUUUUUGCUGGUAGCUACUUAUUGGGGCAAUGAACAAUCUCAAGCUAGGUGUAGAAGUUGUGAGUGCUCAUGACCUUGUGCCCAAAGAUGGGAAAGGCUCAUCUAGUACUUUUGUGGAACUUCACUUUGAUGACCAGAAAUUUCGGACAACAACUAAAGAUAAUGAUCUGAGUCCUGUUUGGAACGAGAGCUUUUACUUCAACAUUGCUGAUCCAAGCAAGUUACCAAACCUCACUCUUGAAGCCAGCAUCUACCAUUAUAAUAAAAAUAAUGGCUCCAAAGUCGUCCUCGGUAAGGUCCGGCUCACCGGAACCUCAUUUGUCCAGUAUUCUGAUGCUGUUCUUUUGCACUACCCACUGGAAAAGAAAGCCAUUUUUUCCCGCACAAAAGGAGAACUUGGUUUGAAGGUAUUUGUUACAGAUGACCCUUCUAUAAGAGCCUCAAACCCUCUUCCUGCUAUGGAAACCUUUUUCAAUACGGAUCAAAAUGAAAACCCAACACAAGAUCAAACACCAGCAUCAUUUACAAGUUCUCUCUUCAACAAUUUUUCUAGAAAGAAAAAUGAGUCAAGGCAAACAUUUCAUAAACUUCCUAAAUCAAAUAGUGAACAGCAACAGCCUGAACCAGCUUCCAAGCCAAAUGUAACCUUUGGGAUGCAUGAGAUGAAAUCUGGACAGCCUCCUCCAAGAGUUGUUCAAGCAUUUGCAUCUCCAAUGGAUUAUUCAGUGAAAGAGACAAGCCCUUUUCUUGGAGGGGGACAAGUAGUUGGUGGAAGGGUUAUUCGUGGGACCAGGCCAGUCAGCACCUAUGACCUUGUUGAACCUAUGCAGUACCUUUUUGUGCGAGUUGUAAAAGCUCGUGACCUUCCAUCAAUGGAUGUGACUGGUAGCCUUGACCCUUAUGUGGAGGUCAGGGUUGGAAACUUCAAAGGUGUUACCAAUCACUUUGAGAAAAACCAAAACCCUGAAUGGAACAAGGUGUUUGCCUUUGCCAGGGAUAAUCAGCAAUCAACUAUUCUUGAAGUUGUGGUCAAAGACAAGGACGUGGUAGUAGAUGAUAUGGUUGGAACUGUCAGGUUUGAUCUCCAUGAAGUUCCUAGACGUGUUCCCCCUGAUAGUCCAUUGGCUCCUGAGUGGUAUCGGAUUGAGAACAAGAAUGGGGAAAAGAAAAAAGGGGAGUUGAUGCUUGCUGUCUGGAUUGGCACACAAGCUGAUGAGGCUUUUCCAGAUGCUUGGCAUUCUGAUGCAAUGUCCCCUAAUGGAAGCUCUUCAGCUUCCUAUUCCCAGAUUCGGUCAAAAGUUUACCAUUCUCCUAGAUUAUGGUAUUUGCGUGUUAAAGUGAUAGAGGCACAAGACUUACUUCCAUCAGACAAGUCUCGGGUUCCAGAUGCCUAUGUUAAGGUACAGGUUGGUAACCAGAUUUUGAAGACAAGACCACUUCAAUCAAGGAUCAUGAACCCACGAUGGGAUCAGGAUCUUUUGUUUGUUGCUGCUGAACCCUUUGAAGAACCUUUGAUCCUUACAGUUGAAGAUCGUGCUGGUAACAACAAGGAUGAGACUAUUGGCAAUGUUGUCAUUCCCUUGAGCACAGUUGAAAAGCGUGCUGAUGAUAGACAUAUCCGUAGUAGGUGGUAUCACCUUGAAACAUCCAUGUCAUCUGCUAUGGAUGGGGAACUGGGGAAAAAGAAAGAUAAAGACAAGUUCUUCAGUAGAAUCCAUGUUAAUAUCUUUCUUGAUGGUGGAUACCAUGUGCUUGAUGAGUCAACUUAUUACAGUAGUGAUCUUAGGCCUACCUCCAAGCAGCUCUGGAAGAAGUCAAUUGGUGUCAUAGAACUUGGCAUUUUGAAUGCUAAUGUACUACCAACCAAAACCAGGGAUGGAAGAGGGACAGCAGAUACAUACUGUGUGGCAAAGUAUGGGCAGAAAUGGGUGCGGACUCGAACCAUUGUUGGCAAUCUGAACCCAAAAUACAAUGAGCAAUACACUUGGGAAGUUCAUGAUCCAGCUACAGUUCUCACCCUGGGGGUGUUUGAUAAUGCACAGUUUAAUUCUUCAAAUGGUAACAGAGAUUCCAAGAUUGGUAAGGUUCGGAUAAGGAUCUCAACACUUGAAAUCGGCCGCAUUUAUACACACUCUUAUCCAUUAUUAUCUCUGGAAAAGUCUGGUGUCAAGAAGAUGGGUGAAGUGCACUUAGCAAUACGUUUCUCAUGCACCUCAAUGGUUAACAUGAUGGGUUUGUAUUUUAAACCCCAUUUGCCAAAGAUGCACUAUAAGAAGCCCCUUAACAUUGUUGAACAGGAAAAGCUGAGACACCAGGCUAUGAACAUUGUUGCAGCCAGACUUAGCCGAGCAGAACCCCCUCUUAGAAGGGAAGUGGUUGAGUACAUGUCUGAUACAGACUCUCAUAUGUGGAGCAUGAGGCGUAGCAAGGCCAACUUCAACCGUCUGAGGGCAGUGUUUUCGGGGUUAAUUUCAAUAGGAAGUUGGUUAGGGGAGAUUUCCACAUGGAAGAAUCCUGUUACAACAGUGCUUGUGCACAUUCUUUUUCUAAUGCUUGUGUGUUUCCCAGAACUUAUUCUACCAACCAUGUUUCUAUACAUGUUUGUAAUAGGCAUGUGGAAGUGGAGGUUCCGCCCAAGGUUCCCACCUCACAUGGACACUAGGCUCUCUUUUGCAGAUGCAACAAACCCAGAGGAGUUUGAUGAGGAGUUUGACUCGUUUCCAACCACAAAGAGUUCAGAUAUAGUUCGUUGGAGGUAUGAUAGGUUAAGAAGUUUGGCAGGGAGGGUUCAGAGUGUUGUUGGAGACAUAGCUACUCAGGGUGAAAGAAUUCAUGCACUUCUAAACUGGAGGGAUCCUCGUGCCACUUCAAUAUUCAUGGCAUUCUGCUUUGUUGCUGCAAUUAUGUUGUAUGUGACACCCUUACAGAUGGUGUUUCUUCUAGCUGGAUUUUACUUAAUGAGGCAUCCAAAGCUUCGGGGCAAGACACCACCAGCACCUGUCAAUUUCUUCCGCAGGUUGCCUUCUCUCACAGAUAGUAUGUUGUAAAUAUGGUUACAACUUCUUAUAAAUGUUUUGAAAACUUGUGUUUUGUGUUGUUUUGAAAACUUUUUUCUGCUGCCAAAUCAGUGGGGCUAUGUCAUGAUGUCUAGUUCACUUGAUUAAUGACUGUGGAUACAAAUGUACACAUGCUGUGGAAAAUUGCAACAUUGAUUUCCUGGCCUUGUAGGAUUAGAUCAGAUGCUUGACUGCUUGUAGUGGAACUAUGUUAGCUGUUGUCUAAAAUGGAAGAUUAUAUUUUGGAAUGAUUUAAUAGUUUUAUGGGUUUUUUUUUUUCUGCCGUAAAUGUAAAUAAGUUAU